CCAGUUCAGUCUGUGCGGAUGUCCGUUAUGUUACUGUGGUCGGACUGUGUUACGGAGUCAGACUGGUAUCCAAGCUGCCUCCAAAUAAGUUUUAAAAACACAUAUCAACUGACCGAAGUGAUUCACAGCGAGGCUCUGACCCGGGCCACAGCCCCCGUGACUCUCCAUUACAUCGAUACAGACACCCACAACAUCACUGAAACGGUAGUCCCAACCCAGCACAGCUCCGCGGGGCCCCGGCGAGGCGCGGCGGGAGCAGAUGGAGCCUGCACCGGCAAAGGCGAAGCCACAGGGCCGGCUCCUGGUGUCCACCCAGCUGGAUGCUAAAGACGAGUUAGAGGAGAGAUUGGAACGGUGUGUUGUGAUCGUCCAGGCACUGACCAAUGGGCUGUCAGAACGGGAAGCCAACGAUGCACUCACUGCCAACGUGUGUAAAGGCCAGCAGCAGCAUGAGGAGGUUUGUCUGGGUCUGUUCACCCUGGUCCUCACAGAGCCGAGCCAGGCCCAGAGGUGCUACAGAGAUCUGACGCUGGUCAACAGAGACGGGAUGAACAUAGUGCUGGUAAAAAUCAACCAGAUCCUGAUGGAGAAGUUCCUCAAACUGCAGGACAAUCCCAGAACGCAGCUGGUGUGGCUGGUCAGGGAACUGGUGAAGAGUGGAGUAAUUGGAGCCGACGGCGUCAUCAUGACUCUUCUGAAGCAGAUUGCAGGCGGAGACAUUUCUGCUAAGAACCUGUGGUUGGCUGAGAGCGUCCUGGACAUCCUGCUCGAGCAAAAGGAGUGGGUGUUGAAGAGCGGGAUGUUAAUAGCGAUGUCGGUGUACACCUACCUCCGUCUGAUUGUGGAUCACGGCACGCCGAACCUGCUGCCUCUGCGCCAGAAAGAAGUGGACUUCUGCAUCAGCAUGCUGCGGGAAAAGUUCAUGGAGUGCCUCAUCAUUGGCAGAGAUCUGGUUCGUCUGCUGCAGAAUGUCGCUCGGAUCCCGGAAAUGGAGCUGCUGUGGCGGGACUUGCUGCACAACCCUCAGGUUCUCAGUCCUCAGUUUACAGGGAUCCUCCAGCUCCUGACGGCUCGAACGUCUCGGAAAUUCCUCGCCUGUCGACUGACUCCAGACAUGGAGACCAAGCUGCUGUUCAUGACCUCCAGGGUGCGUUUUGGGCAGCAGAAGCGGUACCAGGACUGGUUCCAGAGGCAGUACCUGUCCACGGCGGAGAGCCAGUCGCUGCGCUGCGACCUGAUCCGCUACAUCUGCGGCGUCGUCCAUCCCUCCAACGAGGUGCUGAGCUCUGACAUCCUGCCGCGCUGGGCUAUCAUUGGCUGGCUGCUCACCACCUGCACGUCGAACGUGGCAGCCUCCAACGCCAAGCUGGCCUUGUUUUACGACUGGUUGUUCUUCAACCCAGAGAAAGACAGCAUCAUGAAUAUAGAACCGGCCAUCCUGGUGAUGCAUCACUCCAUGAAGCCUCAUCCUGCCAUCACAGCCACGCUGCUGGACUUCAUGUGCCGGAUCAUCCCUCACUUCUUCCCUCCGUUGGAGACUCAGGUCCGGCAGGGCGUCUUCAAUUCACUCACCUUCAUCAUGGAGAAGAGGGUGCUGGCUCACCUUGCUCCUUUGUUCGAUAACCCAAAACUGGACCGAGAGCUUCGCUCGAUGCUCAGGGAGCGGUUCCCCGAGUUCUGCAGCCCGCCGUCUCCUCCCACCGAAGUGAAGAUGGAGGAGGCGGUUUCCAUGGAGAUGGACAACCAUGUCCUGGACAAGGAAGAGGGCUGCUACGACCACACGGAGGCAGCUUUCAGCGAUGACGAGGAGGAAGUCAAUAACAAAGGAAAGAAGAGGGAGUUCCGGUUCCAUCCAAUCAAAGAAGCAGUGGUAGAGGAGCCAGCUGACAUCACGCCCUGGCUCGACCAAUUAGACGACACCAUGAAAGAGAAGGUGCAGCAGAUUCAGAAGACCAGUGACACGGAGACUCAGUGCGAGGUCAUGCAGGAGGUCGUGGAUCUAAUCAUGGAGGACGACUUUGACACGGAGCAGAUGUCGGCGCUGGCUUCCUGUCUGGCUGAGCUCUUCAAAGAUCACUUCAGAGGGGAGGUUCUCCCCGAGGAGAUCACCGAGGAGUCUCUGGAGGAGUCCGUGUCCAAACCCGUCUGCCUGAUCUUCAGGAACCUGGUCACCAUGCAGGAAGACAACAGCGGCUUCUCGGUGCUGCUGGACAUGUUGGCUGAGCUUUACCAGAAGCAGCCGAAGAUCGGAUACCACCUGCUGUACUACCUGAAGGCCAGCAAAGCGGCGAACGGGAAGAUGAUGCUGUACGAGUCGUUUGCCCAGGCGACGGCGCUCGGCGACCUGCACACGUGUCUCAUGAUGGACAUGAAGGCGUGUCAGGAGGACGACGUCCGGCUGCUCUGCUACCUCACGCCGUCCAUCUACUCCGAGUUUCCAGAUGAGACGCUGCGGAGCGGCGAGCUGCUCAACAUGAUCGUAGCCGUUAUCGACUCCAUGCAGCUACAGGAGCUGAUGUGUCACGUGAUGAUGGGGAACCUGGUCAUGUUCCGGAAAGACUCGGUUCUGAACAUCCUCAUUCAGUCUCUGGAAUGGGAAACGUUUGAACAGUACAGCACCUGGCAGCUCUUCCUGGCCCACAGCAUCCCACUGGAAACCAUCAUCCCCAUCCUACAGCACCUCAAAUACAAAGAGCAUCCGGAGGCCUUGUCCUGUCUGCUGCUGCAGCUCCGCAGAGAAAAGCCAAGUGAGGAAAUGGUGAAGAUGGUUCUGAGUCGGCCCUGCCACCCGGAGGACCAGUUCACCACCAGCAUCCUGCGCCACUGGGCGUCCAAAUACGACGACACGCUGGGGGAACACAUCAAGGCUCAGCUGAUCAAGAACAACAACCAGCCACGCAAGAGGCAGAGUCUUCGUAGUUCGAGCAGCAAACUGGCUCAGCUAACCCUGGAACAGAUCCUGGAGCACCUGGACAAUCUGAGGCUGAGUCUAAGCAACAUGAAGAACAACUAUUGGUAACAUAGUUAAAGAGACAGAGGCCCAGUUUCAUGACGUUAAAUUACAAAGUGAAGUAUCUUUUAAGUCGUAUUUGACAUUAUAGGAUUUUUGUAACAACUGAAGUUAACGGAUACUUAACUUCAGUUGACUCACAAAUCACAUUAUGAGUCUGGAAAACAUGCAAUACUACCCCUUACUUAGACAUCCUGAACUUGUCCCAGCUUUAUUGUGUUUUAUAUAAAAACGAAUUACGUUUGUUUAAAUCUCCGUGUUUGUAAGCUAAGCUAAGGCUAAGCUCCAGGGGAAGCACAUCGUGACCUUGUUUCUGUUUGUCUGUUUGCUGCAGGAGGAGGAAGACUCAAAGCCCAAAGCGCCAAAGAGGAAGCGGAAAGGCUCGUCAGCGGUUGGCUCCGACAGCGACUGAUGAACCCUCUGACCAAUCAGAUGCCAACAAACACCGCCAUCCGACCAGCCGCUCAGCGCUCCCCUCACCAUUCCCCACGGAGGGAGAAGGAGGCCCCAGGUUUGGGACUUCAAAUCCAGGUCGUGGGUCGACUUCCUCCUGAUGAGAUUGAUGCUGUUGCCAGGGAGACGAGGAGCGGGCUGCUGGGUUUUGAGCGCGCUGGGAGGAGAAACCACAAACUCUUGAUCCAAACGGACCGAUUUUUAAACAUGAUGAGAUGGACCCCUGUAGUUUUUCCCUGGAGGGGCGUGGACUCAUGAUUUUCUGCUGUUUUUAGCAGCUACUUCCUGUUUGUCUCGCUGCAGUAAAAGCAUCUGUUGUUCCUUCAUGUCAGGUGAAUUCUUCAUAAACACAAAUGAUGGAUUCAGGGUCUCAUUCGUCUGUUACUUGGGAGAUUUGAUUUGAAAGCAAAGCGGGGGUUGCUCAAAAGCACAACGGCAGCAAUAGUCAUCAUCACGGCAACCUUUCACUGUAUUUACUGUUGUGUACAAAAACAAUAUCAAAUGUGGUUUUGAUUUUUUUUCUGUCCAGAGCUUCUGAUCUUUUCUGACUUUUGGCAGAAACAAGAUAAGAUGGAUGCAAAUCAGCAGAAGUAUUUUUUUAUCGACAGUGAAUCUUUUACAGAGCCGCGUUUUUAAGGAUCUUUCAAACUAAAUCUUUAAGCUUUCCAAAGCCGAGUCAGAAAACAGCAGAAGCCCUCUGCCUCAGUUUUAUUUACAGCCAUUUGUCUUUACAAAGCCUUUACAAAAACUGGUUCAGACUCAGAGCUGAUUUUACAGGAUGUGAAAAAUAAUAAAUUAGCAAAUGAUGAA